UUCUUCAGUGUCUAAUCACAUGUUAGAGGAUAAUAUACCCUCUGCGAAUGAUGAUGAAUUUUCAGGAUAUGAAGAGCCACUUGAAUCUGAAAGAUCGCCUGCGUGUAAAUCAAAAAAGCGAAAAAAACGCGAUAAUUCUAGUAUUGUAUGGGAUCAUUUCGAGGUUGAGACAACAGAAAAUGGCAAUUUUACUGUUUGCAAAAUCUGUAAAAAUAAUAACAUUACCGUCAAGUAUGCACAUGAUUCUUCAACAGAAAAUAUGCUUGGCCAUCUUUGGUCUAAGCAUCAAAUUGAUAAAGACUAUCCUGAGGGAACCAACACUAAUGACUCAAUCAUCAAGGCUAUGCAUGUUAUUACAAAGUGGAGACAGGAAAAGAUAGCGCAAUUAUUGGUCGAAUUUAUAAUUGAGGAUUGUCAACCUUUUCAUAUUUUACAAAGUAAAGCUUUUCGUCAACUCUUAAACCAUAUGAAAGCUGGAUUUCAAAUUCCUUGUGAAAAAACUAUGAAAAAAAUAAUUAAUAAGGCUUAUGAUUGA